ACGUAUGGAGUUUGUUGAAAAUUAAAUUUCCUAAUGAAGAUUCUUGUGUCAUUAUAUCGUCGACAAAUCCGGCAUGGAGUUCCAGGACACAUAUAUCAUAGAACUGUUUUUACAUGUGUGCGAUUAUUAUCGCGAGAACAAAAUUUAAAAAGACUUUCAAAUUUCUUCAAGAAUGAAAAAGAAAUUGUAUCAAAAAUAAGAACAGAAUUUGCUGAACCAUUCAUCAGCAUUGAUGGUUUAAUUGAAAAUGUGAAGGACAAUUAUCCACAUCAGCCAUCAAAGAGCAUUUUAUUACGAGGAGUUCGUGAUGGACAAUUGCAUCAUCCAGCAAUUCCUAUUAAUUAUAUAAAAGAAAAUGUAGAAGAAAUACAAAGCAAUUGGCAGAAUAGGAUGCCUUACAAUGAAAGAUUGGAUAUUCUCAAAGAUGUUAUAGCACCUUAUGACCGAUUGCAAAUAAUAAGACAAGCGAAAAAUAAAUAUGUGUCAGAGAAGGACGCACUCACAAAAAGUACGCAAGAUUUUUGGAUUCAUCACAGAGAAAAUAAUGAAUCCUCAGUUCCUCCUGAAAUUGAGAAAGAUAGACAAAAAUCAUUAAAUUUAGGAUGCAUUAUAAGCUUGCUGUCCUGGAUUGAAUUGAAAUUGGAAAAAUUAUUUUAUGAAAAUGCAUUGAUGAUCCCCAAUAUUACACAUCCAAUGGUGCCAGUUGGUGAUGAAUCAGCGGGUGAAGUGAUAAAGACAGUGAAUGAGAAAAAGAAGAAUAAAUAUCUGACGUAUGGUCAUAUGGAUGCUGGUGAAAGAACAAGCAUAAUUCGACAAAAGAAUAUUUCUAAUUUUACAGGACAAAGAACUUAUUACCUCUAUAAAGAAGCUGCUGAUCUGGAACAAGCUUUAGUACGAUAUACAAUUGAUAGAUUAAAAGACAAAGGUUUUCAUAUGAUUUCGGGAUCAAAUAUUUUGCACGGAUCUGCUUACGAGGGAUGUGGAAUUACAAGCUCAAAAAUGUCAGAGUUGCUGUAUCACAUAGAUUCUGAGCAAGAAGAUGAUUUUUUCAUCACUGGAACAUCGGAAGUCAGUAUAGCUGCAUUCUGUGCCAAUCAUGCAAUAUUACACAAACAUCUACCUUUGAAACUAUGCUGCGUUAGCACAUGCAACAGGAAAGAGACAAGAAGUAGUAUCGAUAGACGAGGUAUAUAUCGGGUUCAUCACUUCACAAAGGUAGAAAUGUUUGCCGUAACAGCUAAUGAAACGGAAAAGGAGAGUGAAGAAUUGUUUAACGAAUUUUUACAGAUUCAAGAAGAAUUAUUCACGGACUUAGAACUACACUUUAGAAUAGUCAAUAUGGCAACCGAAGAGUUAGGAUUACCAGCUCACCAAAAAGUAGAUAUGGAAGCAUGGAUGCCAACAAAGAAUGGAUAUGGCGAGAUAUCAAGCACAUCUAACUGUACAGAUUUUCAAAGUCGACGAUUACAUAUUUUAUAUAAAAACGAAAACGGCAAUUACAAAUUUGCACACACUGUAAACGGUACCGCAUGUGCUGUGCCUCGUAUGAUUAUUGCUUUACUCGAAAACAACCAGUCAGAGGACAAGGUAAUUACGCUACCGAAAGUUCUACAUCCAUAUCUUCAAAAAACAACUAUAGACCGAUCUAGCAGGCUAAACAUGGAAUAUAUUGGGCCAAAUCAAUCCAAAAGUAAAUGGAAAAUGCCAAAUGAGUGAAAAAAGGGUGAUGGAACUGGUUUAGACAGUGGUGACAAACAGAAAAUAAAUCUUUGUUUUGUCAUCAGGCUUUGGUAGCAGCAGUAGUACGUGCGAUACAGUAUUAAGUUUACAGAAGUGUGUCACAGUAAAUGGCGCUUGGUCUUUGCUUCUGGCCGAGUAUUCUAAAAUAGUAUAGAGUGAAACUACUAUAGUCAUGUCAAAGUCAUUGGUACUGAAUUAGCGUUAUCCGGUCCAUCCCCUCUGACUUGUGAAGAUGUUGCAGGGGCCAAUGA